AUGCUCCCGAAAGCCGUGCUUGGGGCCCUUCGGCGACAGCAAGCAAGGCAAUUCACUCUUCGGCGAUGUGGGCGGUGGCUGGGCGGCGAGCGCGAAGAGCUCCUCCGCUGCUGCGCUUUGGCAGGCGAAGGGGAACUGUCCCGUGCCUGUGCAGCCCUUGCGGCGCCACCUUUACUGAACCACGCACACUGUGACCAAGCUGCGAAGCAAGCACCCCUAAGCUGCCCCGGCACGGCAUUCAGGGCUGGAGCUCCAGCGCACCGGCCCCCCACUGGCUUGCCAGGGGGCCACCUCAAAGAAGCUCUGGCCACUGCCCAUGCUGAUGAGGUGCUAGUUCACCUGGCUGGUGUCGUGCAGCUUGUGGGGGACGCGCCCGCAGACUUGGCCCAGCACCUGGCUGGGGCCACUCUGCACGCCCUACCCAAAGGACAGGAUGACGUGAGGCCAAUUGCCGUGGGUGAAACAUUGCGGCGGCUGGCAUCCAAGUGUUUAUGCCAGGCAAUGAGGGACUCUGCUCAGGACCUGCUCGCCCCCCUACAAGUUGGGGUUGCAGUGCCCUUGGGUGGAGAGGCCGCCGUGCACACGGCCAGGCAAUGGAUGUACCGACGAGGAGGACAUGCCACCGACGUCUUCUUGAAGGUGGAUUUCCAUAACGCGUUCAACACAGUUGACCGGGCUGCCCUCCUUCGACAAGUUCGGCUGCACUUGCCUGGAUUGGCGCCCUGGGCGGAAUGGUGCUACAGCCGCCACAGCCGCCUCCUGUUUCACGGGGAUGUUUUAACUUCUGACGCGGGGGUGCAGCAAGGCGACCCUUUGGGCCCUUUGCUUUUCGCCUUGGCGCUGCAGCCGGCCAUGCAAGCAGCCCAGGCAGGGCCGUUGAACCAAUCGCCCCACCUCAUUUUUGCAGGACGAUGUUUGCUUAGCUGUGACUACAGGGCAGUAGCGGCCGGCUAUGCCCGCCUAGCGGCAGCAGCCCGCCAGGUUGGGCCCCACAUCAACCUCGCCAAGAGUGAACUGAUCCCAUGUGGUGGGCCGGACUCGGCCAUCGAUCGAGGAGUCUUCCCGCCUGGUAUUGCAAUCAACCCCACCACCUGCUUCACGUUGUUGGGGGCGCCAAUUAAUGGUGUGGCUUUUUGCGAACAGCAGACUGUGGCUCAGCGCGUCGACAAGGCCCGCCCGCUCCUGGAUGCCAUCACGGAGUUGCCGGAGCCCCAAACCGGGCUCCUGUGCUGCGCCAUUGCGCGGGGGCUUGGGCUGCAACACGCCUGCAUCCAUACCCCAGCGGGAUAUGCUUCCAGUGUCCUUGCCACCCAGCCGCUUUGCCAGCAGUUAGAUCCCGACUACCUUCCAAGCAGUGCAGAAGGAGCAAUCCUGGCCGUGAACCGGGUGCUUCCUGCGGGCGAUCAGAUCCCUGUCCCGCAGCUGGGUGCUGGGGCGUGGUUGCAUGCGCCGCCGUCGCCUGCCCUUGGCCCGCUCUUCAAGACUAUGGUCCGCUUGCGGCUGCGGCUCCAGGUGGCUUUGGGUGACGCCCCCUGCCCUAUGUGUGACGGAGUGGCGGACAGCUACGGCGACCAUGCCAGGGUUUGCCCGUGUGGUGGCGACCGCACAAAGCGCCACCAUAGCCUGCGGACGCUGGUCGCUGCCCGAUCGCCGGCUGGGUUCCACACCGAAGUCGAAAAACCUGGUCUUCUCCCACCCCGCCCAGAAGACGGAGGUGCUCCUGAAGAUGACGGUCGUGCUGGCCCGGGGAGGCGCCCCGCUGAUGUGUGGAUUGGCAAUUGGGGGCUGCUUGGCCCUGCUGCGUUGGACCUCGCCGUGACCUCAGGCAUGCGGCUGGGGUCCCUGGCCCAAACAGCUGCCAACGGCCAACAUGCUGUGGUUGAGUACGAAGUCAAAAAGUGCUCACACCAGAACACACUGGCCAGCUGCGGGGCGGAAGGCUUGCAGUUCUUGCCCAUUGUCGCUGAAGCUUGUGGCGGGGGCUGGGGCCCUAUGGCCUUGCAAACUUUCAAAGCCAUUGCCACAGCUGUGGUGGCUCGGAGCAAUGAGCCUGCCGGCGUUGAGUACGACCGUCUGCUCCAGUGCCUUUCCGUGGCCUUGCAGAGGGAGAACGCCAGGGCGGUUCUCUGGAGAAUGCCUGGCUAA